AUGGAACGACUUCGCAAACAGAUGGAAAAUGACCCUAGUCUAUACCCAGAGUUCAAGAAACCAACCAGUGGAAAGACAAAUUUCGAAUCACCAAGCGUAAUCUCAAUUUCAAGCUCCUCAAGCUCUUCGACAUCUUCCGCUGCAUCAACGGUGGCGCCAGCAGCUCGAAGAGGUCGAACAACAAUCGUAAUUUCCUCUGACGAAGAAAGCGAGGAACAUAACAACUUCGUCGUGGACACCUUGAAACAGGCUCUCCCCUUGCCUCCUCCACAACGCACAGCAGUUCCAGCACCUAUUCACGUUCCUUCGAAUCGUGAUAUUCUUUCAGGGCCUUCCAAGCCCAACCCGGUCGCGGAUGCGCCACAGCAAGCAUACGUCUAUGAGCCUCGAAUGUCCGCUACCGAGACCGAAAAGGCACUACGCGCUCUCGUAGAGGAUAGCGUCACCCCUGAUGAAGACAUUGAGGUCGACAUGGAGGAGGCAAUCGUGGAGGGCUUCCAAGAUGGCAUUACACUUCUACCGCAUCAGAUCCUCGGUCGCGCCUGGAUGCGCGAUAAAGAAACAGGUAAGAAGAGAGGUGGAAUUCUUGCAGAUGAUAUGGGUCUUGGCAAGACCAUUCAGACUCUUACGCGAAUCGUCGAUGGUCGUGCCAAAAAAUCUGACAAAGCGGACGGGUGGGCAGCCACGACCUUGGUUAUUUGUCCAGUCGCACUCGUUUCUCAAUGGGCCUCCGAGAUCGCGAAGAUGGCUGUAGGAUUACGAGUCAUUGAGCACCACGGCCAAAGCCGUACCACAGACCCUCUGCGACUCAAGGCUGCACAUGUUGUAGUGACCUCAUAUUCCAUCGUCGCUUCUGAAUAUGCGACCUUUGCACCUCCAGCAAAGGACGAAUCAAAGUCCAAGUCCAAGUCCAAGAAAGCAGCGUCCCAAUCAGACUCGGACUCUGAUUCUGACGUCGUCGUGACGAAGAAGAAACCUGGAAGGGCAAAGGGCAAGGACGCAUUGUUCCGUGUGAAAUGGUUUAGGAUUGUGCUUGAUGAAGCGCACAACAUCAAGAACAGGAACACGAAAGCGGCUAUUGCAUGUUGCGAGCUCGAGGGGAAGUUUCGCUGGUGUCUUACAGGCACACCCAUGCAAAAUACAGUGGAGGAACUGUUCUCUCUCAUCAAAUUUCUCCGUGUGCGUCCGCUGAACGAGUGGCAAAAUUUCAACGAACAGAUUGCACAACCUAUCAAGGCUGGGCGACCCGUACGGGCCCUGAAGCGACUCCAUGUCGUUCUCCAAUCUAUCAUGCUCCGACGUACCAAGGAUUUCGUCCUCAAUGGAAAACCUAUCAUCAGCCUUCCGGCACGCCAUUUAUCUGUCGUUCAAUGCAAAUUCGAUUCAGACGAGCAAGCAUUUUACCAGACUCUAUCACGACGCAUGACCAACGAACUCGACAAACUCGUCCAGGCCAACGAAGCGUCCAAGAAUUAUACCCACGUUUUGCUCAUGCUUCUGAGACUGAGGCAGGGUCUUGCAACCACCCGUCCCUCGUGUACAAGGACUUACCGCAUCGACUCCGAGGCCGCUGAGCCUCGCCCCGCUAAGAAUGACGAUGCUGAGGAAGACGCUGAUGAACUUGCGGCCCUCUUAGGACAGAUGGGUGUCUCGAACGGCAAGAAAUGCCAGCUAUGUCAGACAGAGCUUGCCUCUUAUGACGACUCAGACCACUGCCCCGACUGUGUGCAAAUCGCUGCAAAGGCCCGACGCAAGUCUGUAGCUGCACCAACCGCUCGUGAUCCCAACUUACCUCCAGACUCGGCGAAGAUUCGCAAGAUGCUUGAAAUUCUUCGGGACAUCGAUGAGCGGAGCGAGAGUGCUGAAAAGACGAUCAUAUUUUCUCAGUUCACCAGCAUGUUGGAUCUGAUUGAACCCUUCUUGACUUCGGAGGGGAUCAAGUAUGCGCGAUGUUUGAACUUGACUUGCUGCAACAACGUGAUCCUCGUUGACAUGUGGUGGAACCCUGCGCUCGAGGACCAAGCAUUCGAUCGCGCCCAUCGCUUCGGACAAACACGCGACGUCAACAUUUUCAAGCUUACUAUUCCCGAGACUGUCGAAGAGCGGAUCCUUGAGCUUCAAGAGAAGAAACGGAACCUUACGAAAGCGGCGUUGAGUGGAGAGAGGAUGAAGAAUAUGAAGCUUGGCAUGGAUGACCUGUUGGCGCUGUUCAGGCCCGGGGCGCAUGAUGAUGAUGACGACGAUGAAUGA